AUGCCGAAGCUAGUGGAGAAAUCGGGAAGCCGACCACCGUGGGUGGGAUUGGCGGCCGCCGCAUGGGUUCAGAUGUCGGCGGGAAGCGGAGCGACGUUCCCGCUUUACUCCGCCGCUCUCAAAUCGGUUUUGGGGUUUAACCAGCAGCAGAUCACGAUCCUUGGCGUCGCUUGUGAUUUGGGAGAAAACAUGGGUCUACUCCCUGGAUACUCGAGCAACAAGCUUCCUCCUUGGGCGAUGCUUCUCAUCGGCGCCUCCUCUUGUUUCCUCGGUUUCGGUGUCCUCUGGCUCUCCGUCAGCCAAAUCGUUCAUGGUCUGCCUUUCUGGCUGCUAUUCAUCGCUUUGGUGAUCGCUGCGAAUAGUAGCUCAUGGUUCGGCACAGCAGCUCUUGUGACGAAUAUGAGGAAUUUUCCAGUGAGCAGAGGCCCUGUGGCUGGACUUCUCAAAGGCUAUAUUGGGAUCAGUGGUGCAGCAUACACUGUCUUGUUCAGCGUCUUGCUUCACCAUUCCGCUUCAAACCUGCUUCUGUUUCUUACCGUUGGCAUUCCGGUUUUAUGCUUAGCUGUCAUGUAUUUCAUCCGUCCCUGUAUCCCGGCCACCGGUGAAGACCCUUCUGAGCCAAUGUAUUUCGCUUUUCUGCUCGGCACAAGUAUAGUUCUUGCUGCUUAUCUCGUUGUGACGACUGUCGUUAGCGAGGUGUUCGAAUUGCCAACUAUACUCGGAUAUGCUCUUGUGGGUUUCAUGGUAUUGCUUUUGCUGUCCCCUCUUGCGGUUCCCAUCAAGAUGACACUUUUCCGUUCAAAUCCCAAGAGGUCUCUACCGGGUUCCUCAGACAAUCUAGCCAAAGAGGAAGGUGAAGAACCACUGCUGACGCCUUCUACCUCAGCUUCGAACCUCGGGUCUCUCUUCGAGGGAGAUGGAGAUGAUGUGUCGGAUAUGGAGAUACUUCUCGCUGAAGGAGAAGGUGCGGUGAAGAAGAAGAGGAAACCAAGGAGAGGUGAGGAUUUCAAGCUUGGCCAAGUGUUUGUUAAGGCCGAUUUCUGGCUCCUUUGGUUUGUGUAUUUCCUCGGGAUGGGUCCGGGUAUUACGGUCUCAAACAACUUGGCACAGAUUGGAUUUGCCUUUGGGGUUAAGGACACAACGAUACUCCUCUGCCUUUUCAGCUUCUUCAACUUCAUAGGUCGUCUCUCUUCAGGUGCCAUUUCUGAGCACUUUGUGAGGUCAAGUACAAUGCCAAGAACAGUAUGGAUGGGAGCUGGGCAGCUAGUCAUGGUAUUGGCGUUCCUCCUCUCCGCCAUGGCUAUCGACAACAGCAUUUACGUGGCGACUGCUCUUAUCGCGAUAGGGAUGGGGUUCCAGUUCUUAUCAAUCUCCACCAUCUCCGAGCUUUUUGGUCUCAGGCAUUUUGGAAUCAACUUCAACUUCAUACUCUUGGGUAACCCCAUCGGUGCCACCAUUUUCUCUGCCUUCCUCGCUGGAUACAUAUACGACAAGGAAGCCGAAAAGCAAGGGAAUCCGACCUGCGUUGGUCCUGAUUGCUACAGGGUAACGUUCUUGGUUCUGGCCGGUGUUUGUGGCCUUGGAACUCUGCUGUCUAUUAUAUUGACGGUGAGGAUUCGCCCGGUUUAUCAAGCUCUCUAUGCCUCUGGCUCUUUCCGGUUGCAGCCACAAUCAACUGGUCGUUGA